GCCUCAACAUGGUGGUGUCCUACAUGCCCGAACCUCAUCAACGAGGUACAUUCGGUUUGCUAUGGAGUUGCCUGAGUACACUUAUCCUUUGCGUAUGGACCGCGAUGCACCCGAACCUGGUUCCUGUCCAGCGACCACUGGCAAAGACAUACUACAAGUUAUGUUUGAUGAUAUGUGCCAUUAUAUUCCCUGAGAUGAUAAUGUGUAUGGCCGUCGCGCAAUGGCUCCAUGCGAAACGCGUCCAUCGGGCCUGGCUGGAUGCUUGGAAGGGAGAUGAUGAACGUCAGCAGUGGCUGGGCCUGAGCGGAUCCUUCUUUGUGAUUAUGGGUGGAUUUGUGGUUAACGAAACCCAGGGGGCAGGUUCCUCCUGCCAAUGGUCAAAGGAUGGCCAGAGAAUAAGCCAGCAGUCGGGCCACGACAAGCUCGUCACGACGAUUGGGGAGAACGGGUUUAUCGAGCUGCUCAAUAAUGGCUUCAUUCAAGAUCUGGUCAACAAGGGUCAUCUGACUCGAGCGCAUUUCGAUCAUCGCAUCAUUGACGACAAAGGCAAGUCAAGCAAUAUUGCCAAGACGAUCGCUGUGGUCCAGGUGCUGUGGAUGAUGGUGCAGAUCAUCGGCCGUAAAGCCGCGGGUCUACCUAUCACUCUGCUCGAAGUCCAUGUGGCCAUCCAGAUCCCGUAUUCAGUGAUCGCGUAUAUUUGCUGGUGGUCGAAACCAUUGGAUGUGGCGCAGCCCAUUCAGAUACCCUUGGAUAGAGAGCAGCUCCUGGGGCAUGACUGCCGGCAGGAAACCAAAUACCCUUUCUACGGUCAACUCUUCAUCACCGAGCGGCCCAGCCACGGGUCAUUCCCGCACAUGCUCCUGCGCUCGAUGUACGACGUGAGCGUGUUCUUCGAUCAUGGGGUCGAGCUGGCCUCUGCGGUUACCGCGGUCCUGACAGGGGGGCUGCAUGCGACGGCGUGGCACUGGCACUUCCCCAGCUCCGCGGAGCGGUUGCUCUGGCGGAUGGCGGCCAUCGGGACGGGCGCGUUCCCAACCAUUGCCUACCUGAUCGUUCGCAACAGGGGCAUUGAGCUCUUUCUCAUCCGGCUUGCCUACUAUGGACGAUUCAACAACCGCAGCACGAUCAAACAGGUAUUCGACAUCUUCGUAAGCAUGUGCGACGCGUUUCGCGGUGCAGCAGAUCUGGGAGACUGUGAGAGCCUGUCUAUUGGAAUCAAAUCCAAACCUUCAUCAGACUGGCCGCCUUGGAUGCCGCCCUGGUUCCGAGUGGUACUCAUGUCUGUCUUUCUAGUCUGUGGUCUGACGUACAUGCUAUGCAUUCUGUACCUCACGGUCGAGUCGUUUGUUAGCCUAAGAAGCGUGCCCGUGGGGGUAUAUUCGACGCUUCGUUGGUCCAGUAUUUUUCCUCAUCUGUGAGAUUGGCGCAUGUACAUAGCCUGCGGCAAGAAUAAUCCCAGUUCGAAGUAUACUCUCCAAACAGACAACUCUCUUCUACCAUGUCAACCCGCAUAUCCCCUUC